AAAUCGGUCGUACACAGCCCAGAAGAAAGUCAGAACAGAAUCAUCACGUAAGCAGUUAGAGUGAAUCUAUGCCUAAUUGAAAAGAAUGGCUUCGCUUUUGAAGUUACCCCGUCGCUCCUUUGCAAAUUUAAUUGCAAAAUCGAUCACAUCUCCACUUGGUGCAAGGCCGUUCCAUUUUACAGUAGAGGGAAGACAGACAGGAGGGGAUGCUAAAACAGGAUCUAUUUCCAGGGACUACCCAGUUGUUGACCAUACAUUUGAUGCUGUUGUGGUUGGAGCAGGAGGUGCUGGCUUAAGGGCUGCAUUUGGUCUCGCUCAUGAAGGAUUCAAGACUGCUUGUAUCUCUAAGCUGUUUCCUACAAGAUCCCACACAGUAGCUGCUCAGGGUGGUAUAAAUGCAGCACUUGGUAAUAUGGAGCCAGAUAACUGGAGAUGGCACAUGUAUGACACAGUGAAGGGAUCUGAUUGGUUGGGAGAUCAAGAUGCCAUCCACUACAUGACAGAGGAGGCACCUAAGGCUGUUAUUGAGCUUGAGAAUUACGGCAUGCCCUUCAGUCGAACUGAGGAGGGUAAGAUCUACCAGAGAGCGUUUGGUGGUCAGAGUUAUGAUUAUGGUAAAGGUGGUCAAGCUCAUCGAUGCUGUGCUGUGGCUGAUAGGACUGGACAUUCACUUCUUCAUACUCUAUAUGGACAGUCCCUCCGCUAUGAUUGCAACUACUUCAUUGAAUAUUUUGCCUUGGAUUUGAUAAUGGAAGACGGAGAAUGCCGAGGGGUGACUGCUCUGUGUCUUGAAGAUGGAACUAUUCAUCGAAUCAGAUCUAAGAAUACCAUCUUAGCUACUGGGGGUUAUGGCCGAGCCUAUUUCAGUUGUACCUCAGCUCAUACUUGUACUGGUGAUGGGACUGCUAUGUUAACCAGAGCUGGCCUCGCUAAUGAAGAUAUGGAAUUUGUUCAGUUCCAUCCAACAGGUAUCUAUGGUGCUGGUUGUCUGAUCACCGAGGGUUGCCGUGGUGAAGGAGCUUACCUACUUAACAGUGAAGGAGAACGUUUCAUGGAACGUUACGCUCCUACAGCCAAAGAUCUUGCAUCUCGUGAUGUUGUCUCUCGUUCAAUGACGAUUGAGAUUCGAGAAGGGCGUGGUUGUGGUCCUCAGAAUGAUCAUGUUUACCUCCAGCUUUCUCAUCUUCCUCCUGAGCAGUUAGCGAGUCGUCUUCCAGGAAUCUCAGAAACUGCUCAGAUCUUUGCUGGUGUUGAUGUUACCAGGGAUCCCGUACCUGUAUUGCCAACUGUGCAUUAUAACAUGGGCGGAGUACCAACCAACUUCAGGGGUCAGGUGAUUAAGUAUGAGAAUGAGGAGGAUCAUGUAGUCCCCGGUCUAUAUGCUUGUGGUGAAGCAGCUUGUGCUUCAGUUCAUGGAGCUAAUCGACUAGGAGCUAACUCUCUUCUUGAUCUUGUGGUGUUUGGUCGAGCCUGUGCUCAUACUAUUACAGAGAUCAAUAAACCAGGGGAAGCUCUGCCAGACAUUAAACCGGAUGCUGGUGAAGCCUCUGUAGCUAACAUUGAUAAACUCCGCUACGCCGAUGGAAGCAUGAAGGUUGCUGAUAUUAGACUCAACAUGCAGAGAAUAAUGCAGAACAAUGCUGCAGUAUUCCGAACUGGAGAGACUCUGAAGGAAGGAGUUGAUCUUAUUAGCGAUGCGUACGGCACCAUGCAAGAUAUGAAGUUGUACGAUCGUGGUAUUGUGUGGAACACAGAUCUAAUAGAGGCCUUGGAGUUACAGAACUUGAUGUUAAACUCUGUCCAGACAAUGGUCAGCGCUGAAGCAAGGAAGGAAAGCAGAGGAGCUCAUGCAAGGGAAGAUUUCAAGACUCGUAUUGAUGAGUACGAUUACAGCAAACCAGUUGAAGGACAGACACCUAAAACAUAUGAAGAACACUGGAGAAAACACACACUCAGUAAUAUGAAUGUGGAUACAGGAAAGGUUGACUUGGUGUACAGACCAGUUAUAGACAAGACCCUGGACCAACAAGAUUGCUCUACAGUCCCACCAGCCGUUCGCUCUUAUUAAAUAAUCAUUUGCAGAUUUUCUUGUUCAUGCUUAGAUGGGUAAGCCAACUUCAAUAUCAGACCCCAGAGCAUUGAGUUGGGGCACCAGUUGAAACAGUGUAAUGAUGGGGAAUUUAGCUGGUACCAAGUUUCUGCUAAGCAAAAUUGUUCUGUGGUAAGCACUUAUUUGUGCUUACAGGUUUUAUGACAUUGGGCCCAGGGCAGCCUAGACUAGGGGAAAGUAGGAGUUUUAGGUUCAGGCCAGGGCAUCAUGUUUUUUGUGAUCUGCCCAAGUGUCCUUCAGGUUGGUUGGUCGGCUACAAAAUGAAUAAUUAUAUCAAUACUAUUACUGUUUCAAGUAAACUUGUCUCAAAAAGUGUGAGCAGAAAAGAAUUGCUCACCACAGAACCGCCAUGAGCAAAAUAUUGUCCUGGUUUUACGUUUGAUUAAAAGUGGCUUGUUUACUCACCGUAUUGUGUUUUAUUUUCACUUGAACAAGUUUUUACGUAUUAUUGAAAGAUCCUAGACUAAUAGAAUUACAAUGAAUUACUAAGGAUGGUUGUGGAGAUGCAAACUUCCAAUGCAAGGGAAUUAGUUUCUGUUGUAGAUAUGGGGAAUGCAAAUUUGUCAAUAUUGUGAAAAUCAAAAUAUUAAAUUUGGUUUUUAUGCGGGAGAGUUUUGUAAUUAAAAUGCCAUCUUUCUUUGGUUUAAAACACUAAACUUAGCUGUAGAUGACUGCUAUAGGAAAGGAAGUUUCAUAAAAAGAUGUGCAGAUAUAACAUUAAUCGUUUAUGACUUGCUCUAGAUGUGUAAGUCUUGCAGGCUGUUCUUGAACAUGUUUCUGAACUUUAAUUCCCAUUGCUUUAACAUAUGGCAUUUACAAAAUCAUACACAUACAGUUGAGCCUAGCUGAGACUAACACAGUAUAAAGGGGGGG